GUGGUGGGCACCAUGUCGGAGGGGCGGCCGCUGCGGCUGCUGGCGCUGCACGGCUACCGGCAGAGCGAGCGUCGCUUCCGACAGCGCACCGGCGCGCUGCGCAAGGCUCUGCGAGGCCGUGCUGAGCUCGUAGCCGUCGAUGCUCCGCACCUCGUGCCCGGCGGUGAGGAUGAAACAAGCGACGACCCCCCACGUGGGUGGUGGUUCUCCAGGCCCGGUGCUUUUGAGGCCUCGGAGGCAGCGGAUCAGCCGGCAGGGCUGGAGGAAUCGCUGGAGGUCGUGGCGAGAGCGCUGGAGGAGCGCGGGCCUUUCGACGGGCUGCUGGGCUUCAGCCAGGGUGCGGCGCUGGCCGCGAUGGUGUGCGCCCUGCGGGCCCGCGGGGAUCCGCGCUUCCCCGUCACGUUCGCCAUCCUGGUGGCCGCCUUCGCCAGCCGCGCCCCGGCCCACGAGCACUUCUACCGGGAGCCCAUCGCCCUGCCCUCGCUGCACGUCGUGGGCGAUGCCGAUGCUGUCAUCGCCGCGCACCUCAGCGCUGAGCUGGCGCGGUGCUUCGUGGAGCCUGUCGUCAUCACACACCCCGGCGGGCACUUCGUCCCCGUGGCUGCGGCACAAAAGGAGGCCUACCUGCACUUCUUGGGACGUUUCUGCCCUGGGCAGGGCCGGGCUGAGCAGCCAGGGGCUGGAGCGGUGUGAUACCGUUGUCUGUAAUUUGUGGUGGGCUGUUUGGAGGAUGCAGAGCUUGCUGUUUCUGCGCUCUUUGGAGAGGUUGUCACGAUCUCUCUGUGCUCCUUUGCUGUAUUAACCCAGCAAACUUCUGUAUCUCGUCUUUGCAACUUUAUUAUGUAUGUGACAUUGGGUUGCAGACAGGAGAAUGAUGCAGCUGUGCCUGAUGGACUUUCAGAAUCCCUUCAGAAGUAUGAUCUCAGAGGAAGCAGCUCCAGAGCACACAGUGCUUGCAGUUCUUAUAUCCAAAAAGGUUUGUGUGUUUAAUAUCCCCUACCAAAUAAAUGAAGCCAACCUUUCAGCAGACCUGGGCCUAGAGAAGACAUUUCCUGGCAGUGCCAGGGUUGGUGUUUGCCUCGUGCAUUAAAUUUCUUUGCUGGCUCAGCUUGUGUGAAUUGAGAGAUCUGUUGUAUCUUCUGCUGUGCAAAGAGCCUUCACAAACGAGAAAAACUCAAGCGUUGCUAGGCUUUUGUCUGAUACUUUCCAGAAGCACACAGAAAUCUGUGAUGCUGGCGUUGUUGCUCUGAUGGUAGGCAUCCUGCUUGGCUGCCAUGUGGCUUCAGUGCUGGGGUACACCGGCCUCUGGUCUGUACCCAGAGGGACUUCAGCUCACAGCACGGUCUGUGAUCCCCUUUUUCUUCAGUGAUGAAGUGCAGUGUAGAUUCUAAACGUGGUGGUUUGUUCUUGUCAGACAGGGCUGUUCUCCUGUAUUGCUGCACUGAGGUCUCACAGGUGGGACUGAGCAGAGGAUGGUGCUGGGCAAUCCUGUCACGAGCACCAGGAGGAGAGAGCACUGCUGUGAUACGGGAUGGGAUAGGAAGGUCCUACCCGAGUCUGUGGGCUCCUCAUGCUUCCCCAGGCUGGAUCUGAGCCCCAGGCAACCACGGGGAGUGGAUCAGUAGAUGGAAGCACUCUCAGCAUUCACUGAGCCGUGAACACGCCUGGGAACCGCCGCAGGUCAAAACUAACCGAGCAGCUUUAAUUCGUGUGAGUUUUGCUCUCUGGUUUGUUGCUGGUUAUGUGGCAGCAGCAUGAUGGAGGCAGCAAUGAGAGCAUGAGGCUGCUUUCCCCUGCGGGGCAGAUUUGCAUUGAUGUUGCCCUUGGGUAACUGAAGGGUGUGGGGGAUCUGGGGGCUCCAGCAUCACAGUGCUGCUUGGCUGCCUGCUGGGCUGAUGCAGAGCUGUGGGGUGUCUGUCACCCCUUGGUCUCUGCAUUGACGAUGCCAGGCCUUGGUCUGGGGAACAAAGACGCAGCUUUUGGCCUGCAGGGAGGUGGGAAAGGAGCACACGGGGAGACGCAGAGAUGCUGCUGUGCAUCUACACACCUGUUGCCCUGCCAAGCAGCAGGAGGUGGGUGGAUGCAGCCAAAACAGCGAGGCUGAACCUCGCUGAUGACAAAGCAGCAGGGCCUUUGUCUCGCUGCUUUCCCACCUGAGCCUCCAGGCGCUGUGAAAAGACAGCAGGCAGCUCGGCCGGCCCGCCGUUAGCUGUUUAAUUAUUGCCGAGCUUGCAGCUCGCCGUGGCGGUUCGCCGGCGCAGCCCAUCACCGCGGGACGGCGCGGAUGAGGCACUGCAGUGAUGUCUGCUCGCCGCGGUCCAGCCUGCACUGCGGUCCCGCAGCCGCUUCCCCCGCCCCCGUGUCCCGCAGCAGCACCGGCCGGAGGCACCGCAGCGGCUCGCUGGCGUUGGAAACAGGGAUGGACCUGUGUGUGCGUGGUGAGUGAGCGGAAUGGGACCCUGCUGCUUCCCAUACAGCUCCUUUGGGGAGAAUGGAGGGGAGGGAGGGGGGUUGAUGGGUGGAUGGGCUUGAAUUCUGGGGGCUUUUUGAUACUCCAGCACCUGCAUCUCGUUCCCAGGGAGUUCAAUAAAAAAAAAAAAAAA